AUGCUGACUGUAUAUAAGUUUAGCCAUGAACCCGUCAAAACCGAUGUUCAGAACACGCUGAAUUUAAUGUUUAUGCAGGCAGGAUGCUUGAGACAUAUGGCUAAGUUUUUGCAUUACGGAGAUGAUAUAACCAGAGCCAGCUACCUGGAUAUUGCAGUCACUUCACUGGCAAAUAUACGCAAAUUAGCAAAGAUAGACAAAACUAAACAACCGAAAGAAUACAAAGUGGCUGUUGGAUUCCUACGCAGUCUUACGAGAGGCAUAUUGAUUUACAUUUUACAACAGUAA